AUGGUACAUAUAUCAGGAGAAGGAGGGUCAAAGACGAUCUAUAAUCAAAGUCAAGCAGAGGACACGGCACAGAGAGAAGAGAAGAUCCCUACAAGAACACACAUCCCAAUCUGCAUCACAUCAGACGACAAAGAUGAAACCACAGUCUUUAUGAGAACGACGAAUCCGACAAACCCGAAACGAGUAGCAUAUGUCGUGAAGGCGGUACAGUAUGGGAAGGAACUGACGGAGGAAGAACGCAAACGAGUUGAAGGCUUAGUAGAAAGAUACGCAGACAUAUUUGCGUGCUCACUUUCAGAAGUACUCCCAAUCCCAGGAGCUCAACAUUGGCUGAACAUACCAGAAAAUGCCACGUUCAACCUACGCAUUCGUCAACGAGCCCUUACGCCACCACAAGCCAAGUUCCUACACGGCCGAAUCGACGAAAUGUUGGCAGCAGGGAUAAUCGAGAAAGCACCAGCGGAAUGGGUCAAAUGCUGCGCCACUACAGUAUUAGCGCAGAAGGCACAU